UGCUCUUGCUCUUCUCUUCUUCCUGGGCGGCGUUGAGCUGAGACCUCUGACUUCACUCGAGCGGUCGAGCCUCUCAGAGGGGAGAGAGCACAAGUCAGGCGCACUCGUCUCUUUGGUUCUCUGUCGACGGUGAGGAAAGGAGAGAUGGGGAGGCAGCCGUGCUGCGAGAAGGUCGGUCUCAAGAAGGGGCCAUGGACCGUGGAGGAGGACCAGAAGCUGGUCGCCUUCCUCCUCUCCCACGGCCAUUGCUGCUGGAGGCUCGUCCCCAAGCUCGCAGGGCUGCUGAGGUGCGGGAAGAGCUGCCGGCUGAGGUGGACCAACUACCUGCGGCCGGACCUCAAGAGGGGCCUCCUCUCGGAGGAGGAGGAGGCGCUGGUCAUCGACCUCCACGCGCAGCUCGGCAACCGCUGGUCCAAGAUCGCGGCGCAGCUCCCCGGGAGGACGGACAACGAGAUCAAGAACCACUGGAACACCCACAUCAAGAAGAAGCUCAAGAAGAUGGGCAUCGACCCCGUCACCCACCGCCCGCUCUCUCCGGCGCGACCCGAGGAGGUUUUUCCCCUGGCACAGCAGCGGCAUGAUCCUCCGCACGUGCGAGAAGGACGCUGCGACGACGAGCCCAAGCAGGCGUUGUCGUCGCGAGGGCUGCCCGGCGCCGAGGACGACGAGGACGAGGAGGCGCCGGCGAGCGCCCAGCCGCAGGGCGCGACAUCCCCGGCCUCCACGGCGGCCGCCGUGUCGCCGUCCUGCUCCUCCUCGUCCACCGCCUCGGCUUCCUUCGCCACCCCCGGCGCGGACGUGGCGGCCUGGUCCGACCCCAUCGACCUCUUCCAAGUCGAUAGCAUCAUGGACAUGGACUGGGCAGGCAUCCUGUCCGGUUGCGGCGAGGAUGGCGCCGGCAUAGACGUCGACCUGUUCGACCAUUACCCCGGCUUCGAUCAACAAGUCUGGAUGUGAUGCCGCUAUCAGUAUGCUGAUUGGUAGGAUUAGGAACUCUCGUGAUUCGUGAUCAUCUCUGUUCUUGCAUGUCCUGUUUUGUCUCUUUUUAUUUGGUUUCUUGGGUCAAUUCAACUUUGUCCAUGUCCA